AUGUCGAUGACGGACUCCGAUCACGAGAAGAGGAAGCAGAUCUCAGUGCGCGGCAUCGUCGACGUCGAGAAUGUAGCGAACUUCAAGAAGACCUUCAACAGGCACCUUCACUAUACCCUGGCGAAGGAUCGCAAUGUCGCCACGACCCGCGAUUAUUUCUUUGCUCUGGCACACAGCGUCAGGGACAAUCUGGUGUCGCGAUGGAUCCGCACGCAACAGCACUACUACGAGAAGGACCCCAAGAGGGUGUACUAUCUGUCCUUGGAAUAUUACAUGGGAAGGUCGCUGCAGAACACAAUGAUUAAUCUGGGGAUACAAGGAGCAUGCGACGAGGCGAUGUAUCAAAUGGGAUUGGACAUCGAGGAACUGGAGGAGAUGGAGGAAGACGCUGGUCUCGGCAACGGAGGCCUAGGUCGUCUAGCCGCUUGCUUCUUGGACAGCAUGGCUACGUUGGGAUUGGCCGCUUACGGCUACGGAAUACGUUACGAGUACGGUAUAUUUGCUCAGAAGAUCAAGCAUGGUGAACAGGUAGAAGAACCAGACGACUGGCUGAGGUAUGGCAAUCCCUGGGAGAAAGCCCGGCCGGAAUUUAUGUUGCCUGUCAAUUUUUACGGCAACGUCAUUGAUUCUCCCGAGGGAAAGAAGUGGGUGAACACGCAGGUUGUAUUCGCCAUGCCGUACGAUAAUCCAAUCCCCGGCUACAAGAACAACGUUGUUAACACUUUGAGACUCUGGUCCGCAAAGUCGCCGGUGGAGUUUAAUCUGAAAUUCUUUAACGACGGUGACUACAUACAGGCUGUGAUCGACCGUAAUCUAGCGGAGAAUAUCUCCCGAGUUCUCUAUCCCAACGAUAACUUCUUCGAGGGCAAGGAGCUCCGAUUGAAGCAGGAAUACUUCAUGGUGGCCGCCACGUUGCAGGACAUUAUCCGGCGAUACAAGUCCAGCAAAUUCGGCUCGAGGGAGCAUCAUAGGACGGAUUUCACCGCUUUCCCCGAUAAAGUGGCGAUUCAGCUGAACGACACGCACCCCUCCCUGGCUAUUCCCGAGCUGAUGAGAAUUCUCGUGGACGUGGAGAAACUUUCCUGGGACGAGGCUUGGGAUAUCACGACGCGUACAUGCGCUUACACAAAUCAUACUGUUCUGCCGGAAGCGCUGGAGCGAUGGCCCACCAGUAUGCUGGAGUGCAUCUUGCCGAGGCAUUUACAGAUCAUUUAUCAGAUAAACCACUCGCAUCUUGAGAAAGUUGCAGCCAAGUAUCCCGGCGACUUAGACCGUCUUCGUCGAAUGUCCCUCAUCGAGGAGGACGGCGAGAAAAGGGUCAACAUGGCACAUCUGUCGAUUGUCGGCAGUCACGCUAUAAACGGAGUUGCUCGUAUACAUUCUGAAAUCCUCAAAGAUAGCGUCUUCCGAGACUUUUACGAACUGGCACCGGAGGAGUUCCAGAACAAAACGAACGGCAUCACACCGAGGAGAUGGCUGCUGCUUUGCAACCCGAGUCUAUCUGAUAUCAUCGAAGAAAAAAUCGGUAACGAAUGGACAGUCCACCUGGAGCAGUUGCAGCAACUAAAGAAAUGGGCGAAGGAUCCCGUGUUCCAACGUAACGUGGUCAAGAUCAAGCAGGAGAACAAACUACGACUAGCCCAGAUACUGGAGAAAGAGUAUGGCGUUCAAAUUAAUCCAGCGUCUAUCUUCGACAUUCAGGUGAAACGCAUACACGAAUACAAGCGGCAGUUGCUGAAUUGCCUGCACGUCAUCACCCUGUACAACCGAAUAAAAAGGGACCCGUCCGCGCCCUUUGUCCCCAGAACCGUCAUGAUAGGCGGUAAGGCCGCGCCGGGUUAUCACCUGGCGAAAAAGAUCAUCAAGCUCAUCUGCAGCGUCGCCAAGAUCAUCAACAACGACCCGAUCGUCGGCGACAAGCUCAAGCUGAUCUUCCUUGAGAAUUACCGAGUGACCCUGGCCGAAAAGAUCAUCCCUGCCGCGGACUUGAGCGAGCAGAUUUCGACUGCUGGCACCGAAGCAUCUGGCACCGGCAACAUGAAGUUUAUGUUGAACGGUGCGUUGACUAUCGGCACCUUGGACGGCGCGAACGUAGAAAUGGCGGAGGAGAUGGGCAACGAGAACAUCUUCAUAUUCGGUAUGACGGUGGAGGAAGUGGAGGCGCUGAAGAAAAAGGGUUACAACGCUUACGAUUACUACAACAAACUGCCGGAAGCGAAGCAAUGCAUCGAUCAGAUCCAAGGGGGAUUCUUCAGUCCGAAUAAUCCCUUCGAAUUCCAAGACAUCGCAGACGUGCUACUCAAGUGGGACAGGUUCCUGCUUUUGGCCGACUACGACAGCUACGUAAAGACACAAGAACGCGUCAGCCAAGUCUACCAGGACGAGAGCAAGUGGGUGGAAAUGGCGAUUCACAACAUAGCAUCGUCGGGGAAAUUCUCGUCGGAUCGCACAAUCGCGGAGUAUUCGCGCGAGAUCUGGGGCGUCGAGCCGAGCUGGAACAAACUUCCGGACCCGCAUGAGCCUCGCGACAUUUAAACGCAUCGACGUGAAUACUUUUUCAUAAUGCGUUCCGAUGCACGUUCGUUUCCUUCCGCGAUUAAUUCUGUCCAGCCGUAACAGGCGACAACGAACUUUAGGCUAAUAACUGAUCGGUCGCGCAAAAGCACUAAGAUGUGUUCCUUUUCACUGAACUGGGUUGUACUUUUUUGCUUUUAGAGUAAAAUGUGUAUCUAUCCUAGCGUUCUUCUUCUAUUUCUUCUUGUAAUACAAGAACCAAGAAGUCUACCGAUCAUUUUCCAUGCAUCACUUCAUGUUAAAAGAUUGAUUCAGAUACAAUGUACAGUUACAGAGUUUAAAAAUUAAAUAUACUAAUUCUCUAAAAUUUUUUAUAAAACAAUGGUUCUGUACUACGUUCCGAUUCUGAGGCCAAAUGGUCUUCAACAAAGCAUUGAGGGGAAAAGGAAUGUAAAGUUCCAGUACAUCGCUAGUUCAGUCGAAACGAACAAACUUAUGAAACUGUAUCGUGUGUAAAGACACAUAAUCUGACUAUCUAUACUUUAUGAAUAUAUAUAUAUACAUAUAUAUGUAUAUGUAUAUUUUUCAGAAAUGCUAAAUCUUUAAUGACGAACACUCGUGCUUGUUUAAAUGUGUCGCGUAUCUUUCGAUAUAAAUGUUAGAAUUAGUCUUCCGUUUUUAAAGGUGUCUACACGUCAUAUAGACUCACAGUCUCCCUACGACGUGUCUUCCGUGCGAUCAUGUGAGUAUCUACUUGAAACAGUCAUCUAGUCUUAAUGGUGUUUGAUAUACUUUCAAGGUUGACACGCGACACUGCAGUACGAAAUUUGCUCGCGUUUUACACUCGUUUCUGUCAACUAUUUCUAUCGGUUAAACGUUAGCCUGAUUUUAACCCCUGUUCAGACAAAGAUUUGAACUCAAAAGAAAAAUUAUCAUUAGAGGGACAAAUAUUAAUCCCACUCGAUUGUGUAGAAAUAUAUUUUGCAAUUUCCUCCGUUUUAACAUUGUUCGCACAAUUUAAGUCGUUAUUUAAGUCUCAAGCUGAAUAAUUUUACUGUUUUAAUGAUUAAUUUCAAUAAUUAACGAAAUAAAGACCGCAGUUGUGAGUCACAUAAGAGCGUAUCAUAGCAUAUUCCCGUACAUUAUUCGUGAACAUAAUAUUUCUAUCGAAAUUAACAGACAGUGAUAAAGGAUACACGGCGUCUUGGAACGAAUGCAAGCAGUUCACAACGCUAAUCGUUGCAAUUGGUCGAUAGUCACCUCGUAGUAAAAUUGAGUAAAAUUGUUAGAACUUAUUUAGUGACAUAAGUAAUUUAUAUUAACUGCAUCGAGCAAAUUUCAUAUCAUGUAACAUCUUCAUCGACCGUGCGUCAUUUACUUGUGAGAUCCAUUUAUGAAGCAGUCAGUACAUCCUUCGGGUGCGAAAAACUUUCGAUUAUGCGACAAAUACGAGACGUCUGUUGUGAGCAGGGAAAUAUUAUUACACAAACGUCUUUAUAUUACGAGGCCAACGAGUUGUGCUUAUUUUUAUCGAGAAGAUGUCUGAGGUUAUAUAUUACGUGAUUGCGUAGUGCUUGUAUGCUACACAAGUGGUUAUACAAUGUUCAGAGAUAUAUCGUAUAUCAUAUAAUAUAUAUAUUGUAUAUCGCCAAGAAUAUUUUAAUCUGUUGGAAAUAAAAACUAUUGUGAGUGUUCUCCAAGA